AUGGCCGCCAUGUUCAGCCAGAACCCGCUCAUGAACGGGCCAAAUUACUCGAUCAGUGAUGCACCGAAGGAGGAUGCGCCCGAGGGUGCCCGACAGCACCGCUUCGACCCCUACACCGACAACGGCGGCUCGACGCUCGCGAUUGCCGGGGACGACUUCGCGGUCCUGGCGGGCGACACGCGUUUGACAUCGGGCUACAGCAUCAACUCGAGACACCAUCCCAAGCUCUUCAAGAUUGGCGGCACGACUGCCGACCAAAAGGAUGCCACUAUCGUGCUCUCAGUGGUCGGGUUCGCCGCUGACGGCGAGGCGCUAAAAGAACGGCUUGACACCAUCUGCAAGAUGUACCGCUACCGCCACGGCAAACCGAUGAGCGUCAAGGCGUGUGCGCAGCGCCUAUCCACCAUCCUAUACCAGAAGCGCUUCUUCCCCUACUACGCUCACGCGAUCCUAGGCGGGCUAGAUGAGGAGGGCAAGGGCGCGGUCUAUUCGUACGAUCCCGUGGGCAGCUACGAACGGGAACAAUGCCGAGCCGGCGGCGCCGCGGCGAGCUUGAUCAUGCCCUUCUUAGACAACCAAGUCAACUUCAAGAACCAGUACACCCCAAACAGCGGCGAGGGCCAUGCUCUCCAAGAGCGCGAACGGCGGCCGCUGACGCGUGGUGAGGUGGAGGUCUUGGUUAAGGAUGCAUUCGACGGGGCUGUUGAGCGGCACAUCGAGGUAGGCGACGGCUUGCAGAUUAUGGUCAUCACACAAAACGGUAUCGAGGAGGUCUUGUUGCCGCUCAAGAAGGAUUAA